GUCUUAUCUGCUAUCAUGUAUUUGGGGUUCUCAGUUCUCAGUCAGGGAUGUAAUUGUAAUGUAAUGUCUAUGCUUCUCCCUUGCAGUUGCAGCAAUUAUUAUACAAUCUUUGGUUUCUUGUUUUGACAGAGGCUCGUCGACCAAAGGAGAGGUGUUUCCCUUUUCGGGGCUCCUCCUUUUCUUGCCCCUCUGCAUUUUUCUCAUUUGUCCUUCUAUGUUCCAUCACUUCAACAUGAAAAGGUCUUUUUAGCAAUAUAUUUAUUCCUCCCUCCUUCCACCCUGUCACUCACUCACUCACUUUGUGCUAUUUGCUUCAUCCUAUCCUACUAUAUUAUACUCUCCGUCCUUUCAUUUCUUAAUUUCUCUUUCUUAUUCACCUCUCUUCACUCUGUGCUCUUUAUACACCACAAUGGGACGACGUGAUCAUCACCAUUUUAUCUGUGCCCGAACACUCACACUUGUUACCAUUUCUCUUUGCUUUCUCAUAAUUUCAAGUUGGACCCAGCUCGGACUUGUUACUGAAGGUCGAAAGACUCCCAAACAGAAUGGAUUUUAUCAGACAGUACAUGAUGACAAAACAAUGGUAAGGGCGCAGAUAGGCUCAAGGCCACCAAGAUGCGAGAGAAGGUGCAGGUCUUGUGGACACUGUGAGGCCAUUCAGGUACCUACAAAUCCUCAAGCGCAGAAUGGGAGGAUCAACUCUUCAACUCUGUCAACUAUUGCUUUUCCAAUGGGAGAAGGCGGGUCCAACUACAAGCCCAUGAGUUGGAAGUGCAAAUGUGGGAACCGUAUUUUCAACCCCUGAUUCAAAUUGUUCUACAAUGUAGUUGUUAGAUAAUCAAGGAUGACAGCAACUGAUUUACCAAUUUUGUACAUGAAUAUACAUUUCUAAGUAAUUCUUUUUGUUUUUUUAGUCUUUUGGCUUUUCCCUCUCAAUGACCUCUCUCUGAGGAGAGCUUUUAUUUUUCUAUAGUAAACUGCCCUCAUUUCCUUUAGUUGUAUCAUUUGCGGCUGCUAUGGUCGUCUAACAUGUAAAUUGCAGUUUCCGAGUUAAUUUAGCACUUACUUCCUCUUCUCUAAAGCAGAUUCUGCAAGCUUAAAACUUAAAAUGAGUGCCAGUUUGCAUAGAGCAGCAUAGUUGCUUUCUUCUGUUCAUUUCUGGGGUGAUAGUUAG